AUGGAUUUAGUCAAUCACCUUCCAGACCGUUUACUUUUUGCAGUUCCUAAAAAAGGAAGACUUUACGAAAAAUGUUGCAACUUGCUCAGUGGAGCCGAUAUACAGUUUAGAAGGUCUAACCGAUUAGACAUUGCAUUAUCGACAAAUUUACCUAUUGCAUUGAUCUUUUUACCAGCAGCAGAUAUUCCAGUGUUUGUUGGAGAAGGUAAUUGUGAUUUGGGUAUCACUGGUCUUGACCAAAUCAUGGAGGCUGAUCAGUUUGAGAAUAUUGAAGAUUUAUUAGACUUGAAGUUUGGAAGCUGUAAAUUGCAAGUCCAAGUUCCUGCUAAUGGACCAUUUGAUGAACCUGAACAAUUGGUGGGGAAAAAGAUUGUUUCAAGUUUUACCAAAUUAGCCACAGACUACUUUGAAGAUUUGAAAAAGAACAAAAAGGAUGCUGCUACAGACAAUGAAAAAAUCAAUGUUAGAUAUGUUGGAGGUUCAGUUGAAGCAUCUUGUGCUUUGGGUGUAGCUGACGCAAUUGUGGAUCUAGUCGAGAGUGGAGAGACAAUGAAAGCUGCAGGAUUGAAAGCCAUUGGUACCGUGUUAACCACUUCGGCGCACCUCAUAUCUUCCAAAAAGCCCAAGUUUCCCGAAGUUGUCAAAAUGAUUGAUCAAAGAAUCCAAGGUGUGCUUGCAGCACAAGAAUUUGUCUUGUGUAACUACAAUGCUCCAAAGUCCAUCAUGACCAAAUGCUUGGAAAUUACUCCUGGUAAACGUUCUCCAACAAUCUCGACAUUAGAGAAACACUUUGAAGAAGAAGAAGAUUGGGUUGCUAUUUCCUCAAUGGUUCCAAGAAAGAAGAUUGGUGAUGUGAUGGAUAGAUUGAAAGCAGCUGGUGCUUCAGAUAUCUUGGUGCUAGAAAUUUCCAACUGUAGAGUAUAG